ACACCACGGGAGGCUCCUCGGAUGACGCGGGCGGCCUGUGGCUGACGUGCGUGCUGGGCGCCACCCUGACGGCCAUGUGGCUCCUGGGCACGGCGGGCAACGCGUACACGCUAGCCGUCACGCGCGCGGCGGCGCCGCGCCGCAAGGGCUCCGUCUACAUCUACGUAGCCAACCUGGCCCUGGCGGACCUGCUCUACCUGUCCACCAUCCCCUUCGUGGUGUGCACCUACUUGGCCCACGACUGGCUCUUCGGGGACGCCGGCUGUCGGGUGCUACUCAGUCUGGACCUGCUCACCAUGCACGCCAGCGUCUUCAUCCUGGUGGCCAUGAGCUCGGAGCGCUACCGCGCCGUGGCGCGGCCCGCGAGCGCCCGCAACUCGUCCCCGCGCCGCCGCAAGAUGGCGGCGGCCGCCAUCUGGGCCACCGCCUUUGUGCUGACUCUGCCCAUGAUGGUCAUGAUCCAACUCAGGUACAACAAACCGUCUCCGGCCGGCGUGGUGAAGCGCAUGUGCUUCCCGACGUGGACCCCGGAGGCUUUCAAGGCCUACGUGGGGAUCCUGUUCCUGACCGGCGUUCUGAUCCCGGGUCUGAUCAUGGUGUCGCUCUAUGCGGGCCUCGCUCGACGCUACUGGGCCAGCCAGGCCCGUGCGGGAGGACGGCCCCGCUCGGCCCGACGGCGAGGACUCAAACAGCGUGUGGCGGUUAUGAUCUUUAGCAUCGUGGUGGCCUACUGGGCCUGUUUCCUGCCCUUCUGGGGGUGGCAGCUGACCCAGCUCUUCACACCGGAGUCCCUCAAGGCUCUGUCCGCGGCCACUCACAAUUACGUCAACUUUUUUGUCACCUGUCUGACGUACGGCAACAGCUGCAUCAAUCCUUUCCUCUACACUCUGCUGACCAACAACUACAAGGACUACCUGGCCCAGAAAGGCCAGUCCACCUUGGCAAGCAGAAUGGAGACGACGGGAAGCUCGCCCUCUCGGCUCUCAUAGACCGGCAAGUCUUGACCGAAGGCUUCGGCUUAAGGUGAAAGUGAUUUCCCUUCCCUUAUUCAGGGGUCAGGGGGGAAAACGGUGGAUUUUUACCUGAACGUGAAUAUUUUAAAAUCUUUCUGACCCACUUAGGAAUCAUUUUAUAUCAAAACAUCA